AUGUCCUCGGAUAAAUCGGAGUACUGGAUAGAUAAGGUAGAAACGUGUGGACUUGAAGGGGUUGAGCUGUUUGAGUACAGGAGAAAGCUGUGGACACAGCCAACAAAAACAACUCAAGGACAUUUGAUCGAGAGGGAGAAAACGCCAUCGAUUGUAAAGUUAAUACAGUUGAUCGAUAACGCAAAGGAUAAGGAGAAUUAUACAGAUAUUUGGGAUAAAGGUAUUUCCAGGAUUUAUGAGAAUUUGGUACAAGGAAACAGGUUACUUCAGCCGCUGCCACUGGAGAUAAUAGUGAUAAGGAAAGCCCACAAUUCAGGUAGAAAUCAUUUGAUAAACGUAAAGGAUUAUUAUGCGUCCCUAGGUCAUGAUAAAGCUCAAUUCAUUAUAGACGAAAUCUGUAGAAUACACGAAUCUGGUCUUGCUAGACCUCCUCCUGCUCUAAACAAGUUCCACGGUCCAGCUGGUUUAUCGGCUCCACCAAUGAUGCGUCCACCAAUGCCAGGCCCACCACCACCACCAGGCGUGAGACCAGCCUUCCCAAUGCGUCCUCCAUUCAGGCCACCACCACCACCUUCAUUUCGUCCACCACCACCACCAAGGCCCAUGUAG